AUGCCACACGCAGUCCUCCCUGCGCCGGGGUUCCAGGCCAUCAUACUGUGCGGGCCCGGCGCCUCGUUCAGCACCUUCACAUCGUCGCCAGAUGAGAUCCCCAAGGCGAUGCUGCCCAUUGCGAACAGGCCGAUGCUCUGGUACCCGCUGGAGUGGUGCUAUCGCAUGGGCGUCACAGGGCUGACAGCUGCAGAAAUCACCAUUGUAACACCGCCAGAAUCGCUGGAAGCCAUUGAGGCUGGCAUGUCGCAGAACCCCCACCUCACUUCCCUCCCCGCACCAAAGCCAGACAUUGUUGCGCCUCGAGAUCUGACACACGGAACUGGUACCGGAGACAUCUUCCGCCUGCCCGAGAUACAGAGCGUCAUCAAGGGCGACUUCAUUGUCCUUCCCUGCGAUCUCAUCUGCGAACUGGAUGGCACGGCCUUGGCGGAUGCGUGGAUGGUGGAGCAGGGAGGAUUUGCAGGCGCAACUGGCGGACUGGACCCGAAUGGCCUCAAAAUUGCUUCAGGCGCCGGCGGCGAGAGAUUGGGGAGAAGAGGUGGACUUGGUGUAUACUACCCAACAAAAGGCGAGGGCAGCAAGAAGGGCGAGGAGACGGACUUCAUCGCGACCACACCACUACCCGCAUCUACCGUGCCUGCGCCGGCAGGAUCACUACGGCGGCACAUCUCGAAUCUCGUCUACUCGGUGCCAACGGAUACACUCAAAGACAUCACAGAGGAGCAAAAGACCUAUCCAGUACGGCACUCGCUGAUACGAAAGCACCCUCGCAUCAGGAUGCUCACCACAUAUCGCGACGCCCACAUUUAUUUCUUCCCUUACUGGGCUGCUGAGAUGAUGAAGAAGAAUGAACGAUUUGAGAGUUUAGCUGAGGACGUGCUGGGGUGGUGGGCGAAAGCAGGAUGGCAAGAGGGCCUAGGAGACAAGCUGGGCUUACGCCAGAUCCUACAGGGCGAAGAUGAAGAGUCGGAUCACGGAUCACAGUUCAUCGAAGAGGAAAUUGACGUCUCCAAGUUCAGCACCACCUAUGUUGGAGGAAUGAGCUCCAACGGCAGCGCCACUCCCACCACACUGGCAUCAAGAGUCCUCCAAUCAUCCAGCAUACCCGAAGCCGCCAAAUCUCUUGCCGAUCCAAAACUUACCGUACCACCCAUACUAGCAUAUGUUCAGCCCUCUACUGCAAACGAGCCGCUCAUCCGCCGUGUUGACACUGCACACCUACUCCUCACCAUCUCACUUCGCCUUGCAAAACUGCCGUCAAUCGAAGAAGUUGGCAAGGACGCCGCAUCGCCGUUUGCACAUCCAGCCAAGAUCGCUCAUAAGCAGUCAAUACCCAAGAGGUGCCGUGUAGAAGCCGAGAACUCACUGGUUGCGGAAAACGUCAUCGUAGAAGAGAAGACCAACAUCAAAGAGUGCGUCAUCGGAUACAACUGCAAGAUCGGCGAAGGUGCCCGAUUACUGCGAUGUCUGCUCAUGGACUAUGUGGAAGUUGGCCCCAACGUGCAGCUCACAGACUGCAUCCUGGGUCGGAGGUCCCGACUCACUGGCGGCGCGGCAAAGGACGGCGAUAAGACUAUUCUCAAGGACUGUGAAGUUCAGGACGGGCUGGUUCUUGAUUGGGGCACUGAGGCGAAGAACGAAAAGUUCAUGCGUGGCGACAUGGUCGAAGAUGGUAUUGCUGAGGACGACGGCUUCGCGGGCGAUGAUGAUGUGACAGCGGCAGGGGAUGAGCAAGAGGGUAUUCCGAUACGAUGA